AUGGCACAGCGGCCUAGGCAUAGCACGUCGUCAUUAGAGUCAUUCAACAGGCCAGAGUCUUUGGAAGAUAUACAAUCGAUUCCAGUUUCACCUAGCACAUCAGCACAAGGGCCAGGUUAUUACAAACCACAUGAUGCCACACAACAAUUCACCAUUGACUUGAAUGACCUAGAAUCAACGACAAGUUUACCACGAAUCAAUAGUAAACUGAGCACGAAAUUGAAAGAAGAACAGUUUUUAGCCGAGAAUAACGAGACAAAUGGUUGGAUUAAUGGAUAUUCUGUACCAUUUAGUUUACUUCGGUAUGGUUUAGCUAGUGAUAAAUCUACUAAAAUUGAAUUGGAUUAUGAUAAUGGUGAUGUUCAAUAUAUAUUCAACCCUAUUUGCCAUUUGAACGAGAUUGAGCAUUCAGCUUAUGGAAGAAAAGAUUCAAGCGUGUCGACAUCUAAUGCGUCAGGUGAAGAUACCGACCAUAAUAGAGAAAGAAGAAACAAGUUCAUCCUGAGUCAAGAUGAAAAGAUUGAUGCUUAUUCCGGAUACAUCACCAUUCCCAAGGUUUCCUUCAAUAUACCCACCCCGUAUAGAAACGACAAGAAACAGCUACGUUUAAUGUCCGAUGUUCCCAAACUUUGUUUCCAAAAUGCAUUUGUUGUGGGAGAUGUAACCUAUGUCUUUGGUGGGUUGAGCAGUACCAAGCAAUCGACUUUCCAUCAUAUUGGUCUCCCACUGGAUGUUGACAUCAGCAAAGUCUCGGUACAUUUUCCUUACAAGGUUCCCCCAUUUGUGGAUUCCAAAAUGUUAACCACACCGUUCUUGCAUCCAAAUCCACAUUUUAUUGCCUACAAUGCAAUCAGAGGAACAGUCACUUUUGUCAAUACACAGAAUUUAAAACAUUUCCCUGGUCAUUUACUUUCAAUGCUGUCAACACAAAUUACUGCAAAACAUUAUUUUUUCUAUGGUGGAUUCCAAAUUCAAAACUUAUCCGUCAAAUACCAUCCAGAUAUUGAUCGAUGGAUAAUCAACAAGAAAAUAGUCAUGAGUGAGGAUGGAUAUAUUCUUGAUUCGUCAAAUCUUAAAUUCAUUAAAAUUAGGCUUGAGUCAAACAAGAUGAAUACUACUCUUGGCAGAGUGGGAAUGGGGGUAUGUUCCAAUAUAUAUCAACCACCAAAUGAGCGAGGUGAAAAAAUUAGUGUUGGAGGUGAAUUUAGUCGACCUUUUGAAAAUCAAAGACAAUCACUGCCACCAGCUUUUUCUGAAGCUUCACAUAAAUCAAGUCCAAGUGAUCAUUCAGCAAGUGCUUCGGUUACGAGAAACAAUACGCGAAAGGCAAAUUUUGAAAAAAACCGUCAUGAUUCGAAACAAGAUGAAGAUUGUGAGCGUGAUCAUCAACAUCUGCCACAAAGAGAAACUAAAUUUGAGGAGUCGCCAAUGAUGCGAUCAAAGCAGCCACCAAGUCUACAAAGAAUUAUUACCACUCAUUCUAUUGAUUCAUCCUUGAGCGAUGCUGCUACAAGAACAUCAUCCGCUUCAACUUCUUCACCCAGCUCAUCCAAAAUGGAUAAGAUCAAAAGCAAAUUCCAUCGAACUAAUUUGAAAAACACGUAUUCUCAAAAAGUUCGCGAGCACCGGUCAAAUUCAACAAACAAUCGAUCUGGAUCAAGCAGUCGUGCUGUAUCGCCAGUAAUGAAUGCGACAGGUGCUUCUUCUAGUUUGAAUCCUACAUUGGCACCAUCAGCAACUUCAAUGUCAGGCUCAACAUCUUUAGAUUCAGCCACUGCCGGUGGAAUGUCACCGACGACAACAACUACAACGUCAUUAAACCCGUUAAACACCACGACAUCCUCAAUUGUAUCACCACCGACAACUUUAACUCCCCAUCCGUCUAUCGUAUCUCCCACUGUUUCAAAUCGACCUAUCACACCAAUUCUUCAAUUGCAACAUAAACACGGUAGGAGAAGUAGUGAUACCGGGUCUAAAAGUGGGCAUUCAACCCCACCAGAUGAUGGUAGGCAAUCGCCUAAGAGAAACGAGCGCGAGGUGUUGGAAUUUGUACGAUCGUACUCACUGGAAAAUGUAACUAAAUCUCGUACCAGACUUCCUUCUCGUGGUGGUGACCUGGGAGUCAUAGAUGAAGAUGAUGAUGAAGAUGAUGAUGAAGAUGCUGACGAUUGUGUUGAGGAUUGUUCAACUGAUGGUGAAGCAUGUUUUGAAACUAGGACGCGAUCAUCAAAUCCCUUGUUUAAUGAUAGCAAUAUUUUAUCCAAUGUUAGUGUGUUUAUCUUUGGUGGGUUUUAUCUCGAUGAUGAAAUCGAUGGUAAUGAAAUUCAACAUUUCAAAGCAAGUAACGAUUUAUUGAAGAUUGAUUUAACAGCAAAAGAGGAACCAUUGUCAAUAUCAAACUUCACUUUCUUACCCGAUGCAUUAGUAUCGAAAAUUGGCACCGAUCCAACGACUUGUGAUAUUGUACUUGAUGAAGAUGAAAAUUGGCCUAGUCCAAGGGGCUAUUUUGCUUCUUAUAUGAUUGAUUACCUGAGAGGAUUAGAUGAAGGAUGUGCAUUGGAUGUGGUCAAGUAUGAUCUGGAAACGUUGACCCGGACUCAAGCGCAAGCUGAAUCCAUCAAGAGGGGUGGAUCACCAGAUAUAAGUAUUGGUGGCAGUUCCGGCUCAUUCCAGGUAGGUGGAGCAGGCGGAGUGGGUGUAGGUUGUGUCAUUGGUAGUGGGCCUACCAGUGGACCUGGAACCGGGGCUGCACCAAGCCUUGCAGCAAGCAGCUACGAAGAACCAUCUGAAGUUCAAUCAUACUUCAACAAACGAUCGCUAAUUAUUCAAGGUGGGUGUGCAGAGGGUAAUCAAUUUUUUGCUGAUUUUUAUCGAUUUGUAUUUGAUACCUGUAAAUGGGAAAAACUAACCACUUAUGCUUAUGAUUAUUUCAACAUCCCCCUUGAACCUGGCGCUGAUGAUGAUGGAUCAUUAUAUACCAAAGAAAACAUGGUUCCCCAUCCUGAAUUAAAAGAAGCUGAGCUUCGUUGUUGUCAUCACACUUGUGUCUACUAUCAAAAUGAAGAACGUGAUUAUCUAUUCUUCUUGGGGGGAGUUAAGUCGGAUCAUUUGCGUUUCUUUGAUGAAGUUCCUUAUAAAUCGGAUAAAUUUGACGUAUCGAGAUUAAGUCGAUUACCAUUGAUGACAAACAAUCCCAACACAAUGAGAAUUGCCGUUUUGAAUAUUCAAACUCAAACAUGGCGAUUUAUGCGAUAUUAUUAUGAUAUAAACCAUGCCAUUAGUGACUCUUAUCUAGAUAGAGUCAUGGAACAUCCCGCAUUGGUGAAUGCGAGAAUAUCGCAUUUGGCUGGCUCUACCACAAUGACGGGAAAGACAUUGACUUUAGCUCAAGGGUUGGUGAUUAUUGCUCCGGAAAAGAAAGAAGACUUGGUUAAGUUGAGAAAGGAAAUACCUACUGAUGAGAUGUUAUGGGGUGGAAUUAUUCAAUUGACCUUUGCUGGCCUUUAA